AUGAUUCUCUUCAUUUUCCUACUUUUCGGAGUCCAAUUUGCACGAUCCAGUAGGUAUCUCUCGCAUUUCCACCACAGACGAAUCUGCUUUAGUCGGUCCUGUACGUCCGUUCAAAUAUGCGCUUCCGAGCGUGGGAAGGGACCUUCCUGCAAUGCGAACUUUCGAGAAUUACGCGGCGUCGUGUCGACCGACCAGCAAGAAAGAUUUCAACAUGGAUCAGUUAGCAUCUGUGAGUAAUCUCUCCAACUUUCAUUGCAUCCAUCAACGAGUUUAGCUUCUCCAAUCUCUCCAAAUUGACGAUGUUGCCACAAAAGUCUACAAAUCUCUGUUCUUUGCGAUGGCCGAUAUGCAAAUUGAAAAGUUCAUGGGAAAGUGGUACACAGUGGUGGAUUCGAAGGAAGUGCACAAAGAGGACUGCUCGAUUUUUCAUUGUUAGCCUUACAUCGAACUCUUCCAUUCAAUAACGUUUCGAUUUUCAGUCAAAAUGGUUUCUAAGACCCCGUAUACAGCCACGUUCACUUCCAGACAGUAUGCGCUCCUCGGUGAAGACGUUAUAACCAAUGAAGGGUACGGUAGCAUGAACGGACCGGACGCGGGCUCAGUUCUGAUAACCACCGGGCACGAGGGAGAUCAAUGUCCAUGUAAGAAAAGUAAAACAUGAGAUAUUUUAUAACAACGGUUUCAGAUUUCCCGGUCCGUCUCGGAGGACUCAACGACGAGGGAGACUAUGCUUACAUGAUCCUGAGUACUCCAUUAAAGUACCCAACAAUGGUACUGGCAAGGUAAACGGGAUAGAACACUUUAAAAAAGCCAAGCUCGAAAGUUUCAGAGACUUGAGUGAAUUUGAUUCGAAAUGGAGUAAGGAAGUGUACGAAUUCGUGGAGAAGAACGGCUUCAUGAGUCCGAUGGCUGCUCUCAACACUCGGCUCCACUUCACGGACGUCGAUGUUUGCCGUCGCGUGAACAAGUUAUACGAAAAUGGCACUGUUUGA